UGGAUCUAUCUCAGAAGUGUCUUGGAUUUUUGACAGAAAAGGCAUAGUCCAAUUUACCAAGGGUACUACGGAAGACACAAUAGACAUCAUGAUGGAAAAGUCACUUGAAAUCGAAGGAGUGGAAGACAUACGAGAGUUGGAUCAAGACGUGCUAGAGAUAAUGUGUGCUCCAACAUCGAUAUCAGCGAUCGCGUCGUCCCUCGCUUCAGGGUACGAAAUCAUUAAAAUGAGGGUAGAGUAUAUUCCGACGAAUACUGUACAAAUCAGUGGAGAUGAAGAGAAAGAAGGUCAAUUCGAAAAGUUCCUUGUGUCUCUGAACAAUCAUGAAGACGUAGUUAGAUUCUACACAAACGCCGAAUGA